GCUCUCAGACUUCUCAUCUCCAUACAGUCAGAGUGAACUGCGGGGGCAGACGGAGCCUGAAAGAGCUUCAGUCCUCGAGAGCGGACUUAUCCUCAAACACGGAUUUCUCAUCGACCCACGAAUCCCCGCGUUUUGUUUCAUAUCGUCGCUCGACUCUCGCGGUUCCUCCCGAAACUCGACGAACCGGACGGAACUUUUUCUCGCCUGUCUCUUGCGCGCGCGCGUGUGUGUUUUGAGUGAGUGUGAGUGAGUGUGUGUGUGUGUGUGUGUGUGUGUGUGUGGAGAGUUUAGAAGCUCGUCCUUCUUCAGAUAUGGACAGUCCGCGACUGACUCUACUGUGGGAGUAAAGAAAGGAGAGAGGGGAGAAAACAAGGGAGGAAACGAGGGAGGAAACGAGGGAGAGAGGAGCCCAAAGUCUGCGCGCGCGCGCGUGUCUGUGUGUGACUUUUAAACUGGAUGUUUGAUGAAGCGCUUCGACGCGUCGGAGAAUUCUGGGACGCCGUGGAUUUUCCAGACUCACGGACACCGCAGCGACUCUCGUGAUCCCCCGUCGACGACGCGAAGUCUUCACGCUCGUAAAGUUGCAGGAAAAACAUGGAGACAGUAAGUCGGCAGAGCUUCCAGCCUCAUCCGGGACUGCAACAAACUCUCAAGCAGUUUCACCUCAGCUCUAUGAGCUCUCUGGGCGGACCGGCGGCGUUCUCUGCCCGGUGGCAACAUGAGCUCCUCUUCAAGAAGGACGGGAAAGAGCCCGAGCCGGUUCUGCAGCAUCUGCCGCCGCCGGCGAUGCCCGGUCCGCUCUUCAUCCCGUCGGACCGCUCCACGGAGAGGUGCGAGACGGUGCUGGAGAGCGAGACCAUCUCGUGCUUCGUGGUCGGCGGCGAGAAGCGGCUGUGUCUGCCGCAGAUCCUCAACACGGUGCUGCGGGACUUCAGCCUGCAGCAGAUCAACUCCGUGUGCGACGAGCUGCACAUCUACUGCUCCCGGUGCACGGCGGACCAGCUGGAGAUCCUCAAAGUCAUGGGGAUCCUGCCCUUCUCCGCGCCGUCCUGCGGCCUCAUCACCAAGACGGACGCGGAGCGGCUCUGCAACGCCCUGAUCUACGGAGGCGCGUACCCGCCGCGCUGCAAGAAGGAGCUGAGCGGCGGCUCGCUGGAGCUGGAGCUCACCGAGAGGAGCUUCAAGGUUUACCACGAGUGCUUCGGCAAGUGCAAGGGCUUGUUCGUGCCGGAGCUCUACACGAGCCCCAGCGCGGCGUGCAUCCAGUGCAUGGACUGCAGACUCAUGUACGCGACGCACAAGUUCGUGGUGCACAGCCACAAGGCGCAGGAGAACAGGACUUGCCACUGGGGCUUCGACUCGGCAAACUGGAGGGCGUACAUCCUCCUGAGCCCGGAUUACACGGGGAAAGAGGAGAAGGCGCGCCUGGAGCAGGUCCUGGACGAGAUCAAGGAGAAAUUUGACUUCGCCAACAAGUACAAGAGGAAAGCAUCAUCCAGGCCGUCAGACCCCGCCCCCAUGAAAAAGUCCAAACACGAAGACUUCCCGUUGCAAUCCUCGCUGGCCGACAAAGAGAAGCAGCACGACUGGCUGCAGUCCCUGUCUGCCUCCGCCAAGGGUGUGAACUGCAUUCAGCCCAGACAGAGGCCUUCAGCCUUCAGGCCCUGGUCUCCCCACAUCUCUGCGGGCGAGAAGGAGCCCUCCACUCACCCUCUGGCCCUGCUGAGAGACAGCUUUUACAACUACAAGAGUCUGGAAAACGGCGUGGCCCCCAAUGUGGCCCUCACGCCGCUGCCUCUGGGGAAGAUGGGUCCCAUGUCCCCAUCAGCACCCAGCACCUCCCACCCCAAUGGAGGCGAAGCGCCGGGGGAAGGCGCCAACUCGAGGCCCCGCAAGAGAAGAGCCACGGGGGAGCACCAUCCACAGGCAACAGAGGCCACGUGUCCUCCGCCUUUCACUGCCAGCAAGCCGCCGCCUCCGCCUCCACCGCCUCCACCGCCGCCGCCGCCGCCUCAGGAGGACAAAGACUCUGAGGUGGAGAUCGAAGUGGAGAGUCGUGACGAGUUUACUUCAUCCAUGUCCUCGCUGUCGUCACCGUCUUUCACCUCGUCCAGCAGCUCAGCCAAGGACUUGAGCUCGCCGUGCGCCCAGGGGCCAAUCUGCACUGCCACGCCGACCGAGACCACGCCUCCCAUCGCCACCGCCGCCGCACCCACCGCCGCGCCGCUCACCGCCGCGGUGACUCCCCCAGAGCUGGGGCUGGAGACGGAGCUGGAGAGCCUGAGACAGGCGCUGGACAGCGGCCUGGACUCCAAAGAGUCCAAGGAGAAGUUCCUGCACGAGAUUGUGAAGAUGAGGGUGAAACAGGAGGAGAAGCUGGGCUCGGCUCUGCAGGCCAAACGCAGUCUCCAGCAGGAGCUGGAGUUUUUGCGAGUGGCCAAGAAGGAGAAGCUGCGAGAGGCGACCGAGGCGAAGCGGAACCUGAGGAAGGAAAUCGAGCGCCUCCGCGCCGAGAGCGAGAAGAAGAUGAAGGAAGCCAACGAGUCGCGGAUCCGCCUGAAGCGGGAGCUGGAGCAGGCUCGGCAGCUGAGGGUCUGCGACAAAGGCUGCGAGGCCGGACGGCUCCGCGCCAAAUACUCGGCACAGAUCGAGGACCUCCAGAUGAAGCUGCAGCACGCCGAGGCCGACCGCGAGCAGCUCCGAGCGGACCUGAUGCAGGAGCGGGAGGCCCGGGAGCACCUGGAGCGGGUGGUGAAGGAGCUACAGCAGCAGCUCUGGCCCAAAUCCAACAGUGACAAAGACGGUACAACCAAGGACACGGCGGCGGACAAGUAACCCGCGGCAACCCACGCUCACCCUCCCACGACAUGUCACCUCCCCCCCGUCCGUCCGUCACCCUCUUCUCAAACUUCACCUGCACAAAUCAGACCAUAACCUCACCCAGGUGUUCUGGGCCGGGACACAGAGACUCUUCCUCAGAGAGAAGAAAUGGAGGAGCCUCCUCCUCCUCCUCCUCCUCCUCCUCCUCCUCCUCCUCCUCCACGAACAGUCACAAACUGGAAACAACAAAAGUCUAAAUUCUGCAAACAUGGAAGCAUGUGUUUCAAAAUCAAUCACUGACUCGCACCUUCCACACUGACAGAAACUCACACACACACACACACACACACACACACACACACACAGAGCACAACACUGUGCCUGUCGAUCGUCUGACAAACUAAACAACAAAAGACUUUUGGAGACGUUGAUGCAGAAAGACGAUCAUUUUCUAUCACGAGUGAGGCUUGUUUGUGGUGUGCGGCCAGCAGGGCGGCGCUCACGCAGUCGGAGGAGGAUUUUGAAGACAAUUAUAAGCUAUUUAAGAGACUACAUAGCGAUGUGUAAAGACAAAAA